GGGGAGCUUCCUGGCCGCCUGGCUGAGCGCGGCGGCGGCGGCCCCGCGGGAGAGGCUCCGUGACUUCCAACAUACCAAGCGCGUCGGCAACUACCUGAUCGGCAGGAAACUGGGCGAGGGCUCCUUCGCCAAGGUCCGAGAGGGGCUGCAUGUGCUCACCGGAGAGAAGGGGGAAGUUAAUGUGCUUGCAAGUGGCGCACAGUGAAGCAAGAUGUGGAAACAAAGCCUUCUCCUGAGGACGGCUGGCUGGAUUGCUGUAGUCACUGCAGUUUUCUAGGCUGGUGCUUUAUGAGCCUAUUAUUCCGGGAUUAGCGCCUGCGUGUACUUUGAGAUAAAAAGUAAUUGACAUCUGAUUUCUGUCUUGUAAAGCCGUUGUCGAGCAAGGGCGCUGCCUAAGUUUCAAUAAAACUGCGGUAGUAGUGUGAAGCAGGGGUCUUACUGCUAAUGCCUGGUAGCUGUUUUGGCACAGUCCGAGCUGUUAUGGUCACCAGAACAUCUGAUUUCAGCGAGGGUGCCCAAGCAGGUUUUGAUUUGCAGCAGACUUUAGCGACUCUGGAGGAGUUAAUGCGCAUUAUUGUGUCAUAUUGUUUCAGAAAAUUGUGUAUUUAGAAACGAAAUCCGUGGAUUAAUGAGUCCCCAGCUAGGCCCAGAUCCAUUGCGCUGACACAAUGCAUUGUACAGAAUCAAGGCGAUUGCGGAGCGAAUGCCAAAAAUCUGCCAUUACCUCACCCUGAAGUGGCUAGAAGCUAAAGAGGUCUUCGGGAGAGCACAAGAUGCUGUGUGCCGUGGCCCAGGCGCUAGUUGCUUUCCCAGCUGCUCCGAGGGCAGCUGGAUGGGCUGUGCACGUUGAGUGCGGUGCGUGGGACUGGAACCAACAGCUCCUGAGAGCGAGAGGGUGAGCUAAGGUGGCAGUGAAAGUAAUUGACAAGAAGAGAGCCAAAAAGGACACUUAUGUCACCAAGAAUCUACGACGGGAAGGGCAGAUCCAACAGAUGAUCCGCCACCCAAACAUCGCCCAGCUGCUGGAUAUACUGGAAACUGAAAACAGCUACUACCUUGUCAUGGAGCUUUGCCCUGGUGGCAACCUGAUGCACAAGAUCUAUGAGAAAAAGAGACUUGAAGAACAUGAAGCACGCAAAUACAUCAGGCAGCUCAUUCUGGCAGUAGAACAUCUUCAUCGGGCAGGUGUAGUUCACAGAGACUUGAAGAUAGAAAAUCUGUUGCUAGAUGAAGACAACAAUAUCAAGCUCAUUGACUUUGGACUGAGCAACUGUGCAGGCAUCCUGGGUUAUUCUGAUCCAUUCAGCACCCAGUGUGGGAGCCCAGCAUAUGCAGCCCCUGAACUUCUGGCAAGGAAAAAAUAUGGGCCCAAAAUAGACGUUUGGUCCAUUGGGGUGAACAUGUACGCAAUGUUGACUGGAACGUUACCUUUUACUGUGGAGCCAUUCAGCUUAAGAGCUUUAUACCAGAAAAUGGUGGACAAAGAAAUGAACCCUUUUCCCACUCAGCUCUCCACAGCGGCUGUAAACUUUCUACGAUCUCUACUAGAGCCAGAUCCUGCAAAGAGACCAAACAUCCAGCAGGCACUUGCAAAUCGGUGGCUUAAUGAGAAUUACCCUGGGAGAGCACCACCUAAUGUCACAUAUCCAAACAGAAUCCACUUGGAGGACCUCAGCCAAAGCGUGCUGCUCCAUAUGACUGAGAAGCUUGGCUAUAAGAACAGCGAUGUCAUCAACACUGUGCUCUCAAACAGGGCAAGUCACACACUUGCUAUCUACUUUCUUCUUAAUAAGAAGCUGGAGCGCUACCUGGCAAGCCUUAGAAAAUCUGAAGUCCAGGACAAUAUUUGCCACAAGAACCAGCUGUACCAGAUUGACAAGUACAAGGCAAAUAAAGACUCCUAUGAGGACAAAAAACUCAGAAAACAAGAAAAGAAAGGGGAGAUUCUUCACCGUCAGCUCCCAAAGAAAACUGAGAAAAGUCCAGUUUCAUAUAGACAGCCUUCUUCCUGUCUUAUCUCACAGAUACAGAACACCAAGGCUCUGCUGAGGGACCGAAAAGCUACCAAGGCUGGAGGUGCUGAGAAAGACUCCACCAGUGGCCUGAGCCCCUUCCACGAGCCCUUGGCGACCAAGGCCGGCUUCAUCACCUCCAGCUCCCUGGAGUACCUGGAGGCCCAGCAGCCACUGCCCAGGACGCCCCGACUCCUGAAGAGGCAGGAGUCCCCCCAGCAGGAGCCAGCACGGGCCGGGGGCCGGGCCAAGGACUCUCCCCUCAUCCUGAACAUUGUGCACUCCUUCGAGUCUGUCGACAGAGAGGACCAAACAGACCAGGUCUCCCCCUCCCACCAGUACAAGAUUUUAGGCUCGCCAAUGAAUUUUCCUUCCAAAAGCUCAAGUGAAAGGACACUGUCCCCGCUUUUUCAGCCAGGAAGUACAUCCCCCAUCCACCCCAACCAGGUCUCUUUCACAUAUGAAGAAAAAGCAUACCCCGCCAAGGAGGAAGCUGUGUCCCCUACUCAGCUGGUUUCCAACAACCCGUUGGGCAGCCCCAACUGUGUUAAAAGCAGGGGCAGGUUCCCCAUGAUGGGGAUUGGACAGAUGCUGCGGAAGAGGAACCAGACGAUGCAGUCGGUGGGCGACAAACCGCUGGAAGCACGGAUGCCUCAGCUGCAGCAGAUGAGCCCCACGCAGAUCACGUUCAAUGCAGAUGCUGUCAGCGGCCAGUGUUAGUCUGGCAGGCCAGGAUUUGUAUUGCUGUUGUCUGGGACCCAGCCUUUUUUAUUUCUAAACAGAAGGGAAAGCCACAGGCGUGUCACCAUCUCUACAUAACACAGUGCAGUGGUCCAGUGUAGAAAAUCAGAGGUCCACUUGUAAGGAAGGGGUCGUCCCAUGUAUUAAAGUGAAAAGAAGAGUGCUCUGCUUGUGCUGUCAAGAAAUAUUAGCAUUAGGCAUCAGACUGUACAGUAAAACACGUCUUGAAAGAGCCAUGUUAAUAUGUAUUUUCACUGCUCAAAGUCUCGUAUUGCAGUAAAGUUGAUGGGAAGAGCAACAAGCAUUACCAGUGUGAUUCAUCAAGGUGAUCGGCGUGGUGCUGUGAGCGCUGGUCCCAGCUGGGGCCACGGUUGGGCUACGUGUGCUCCUCCUGCUCGUGCCAGGCGGUACACUGUCCUGUUACAGGCAUCAUUCAAGGGGAAAAACUCAAGAUGCUGUUUCCAAAAUCAACUUGCUAGAAAGCACUGCUAGGGAGAUGUUUGUAGAAGCUUGAAUCAAGACGUGUGCGAUCUAAACAGUCAGAAAAAGUGGGACUAAUGAAAGUCGAAGCAGAUCUUACUGUUUAUUACAUAAAGUAGCUAGUAAUGGCAUCAUUUGUCCCUAAAGAAAAUGAUAAUUUAAUCAUGUCAUUCAGAAGGAACAUGACUUCAAAAACAAGGCUCAUCACCUGACAAUUAACCACACUGAAGGCCCGUUCCUUUCAUGUAAUGGGUUUACAAGUGGAUGCUUUAGUUAGUAAUCCCCAUUGCCACACGCUGUGUUGAGGCAACCCGGUCACCUCCGUUUUUUGUAGCUGUACUAGUUCCACUCCUGUGUGCAGGUUUGCAUUAGCCCCUGUUACAGCUACACAGCACCCGAAGGCUUUCCUGAGAGACUGCAGUGAGUGAAGAGACUCAUAAAGGACACACAGACCUAUACCAGUGCCGUUUUAUACUACAAGAUCGGUUAUGCGGUGGUUACCAAAAAUUUGGUAUUGUUAUGAGCUGUGAAGAUUAAGUUUCUUAAAAAGCAACAUGUUCUGCAUACUGGUCUUGUUUUUCUAAGUAAAUGAUCUGAGAGGCCGGCAACAUUUUUGGUUCUGUUUUUGUGUUCACACCAUUUCCUAUAAACUAGAAGAUUUAGCCAAAGACUACACUUUUCUUUUGUCUGUACUGUGCUUGCAUAUGUGUUUGUGUAUGGGACAUCUCAGCAAAGCUCAUACUAAUCUGGUUCCCCCAUAGGCACCCCAUUGCUGCCCACCCACUUCAUGUCAUUCUGCAAACAAGGCAGCAGAAGCAUUGCCCUACUAUUGGGGCUGCUGGAGAAUAGAGGGAUUUUGCAUCAGAUUGUCGUAGAAUCACAGAAUUACAGAAUGGUUUGGGUUUGAGAGGACCUCCAAGCCCAUGCCGCCCCAACCCCUGCUGCCACGCUGCCCCCCACCAGCUCAGGCUGCCCAGGGCCCCAUCCAGCCUGGAUGGGACCUUCACCACAGCCUCAAAGCUGCCCAUCGUUCAGCGCAGGGAUGUCCAAAUGCUUCUGACUGUACGCCUCAGUGUGGUGAAGACACCACUUCAGUCGUAAGCCAGCUGUAAAAUGAUAUAUAUGGAAAUCCCAACAUAUUAACAAGGGCCUGAAAUACAGUGGCUCAUUUUUAGAUUGAAAAAUGCCAUCUUCCAUCGGUACAGAAUACCCGUGUAUCCCAGGGGUCCAUUAUAGCUCUUCCUUUUGUUUGAAAACAUUGAAGUGUUUUCUUUUCCUUCACACCAAGAACGUAUUUGUGCUGCAGAGUUGGUGAGCAGGGACAGUGGCAACACCGCCACGUGUGUGCAUCAGACCUGUGCACCCCAACAGAUGGCAGGUACUGACUUGAACUACAAACUCAGGUUUACUUGGAACCCAAUAAAAGGUUGGGGGAGGCAGGAAAGAGACAUGUAUUUUUGUGAAAACUCAGUAAAUAUGUGUAAGAAUCAGAACGAAAGUAGAAAUGUUAAAUCUUUUAUUAUAUUUAUAGAGAAUAUAUGAGUACUACACUGCUAAAACAUAAACAUGUAUCCAGCUUAGACAGUAGCUAUGUACAGUCAAACUGCAGUGGCCAUGUAAGGGACCUCUUGAAAUACCGUAGUGGAAAUUCCAGGGGAAAAAAUGUAUUUGUUAUCAUUAUUAAAUAUACAUACUUUUUGAACAAGA